GACAAGACAUCACAGAUCAGCUGCAUUUACACAGCAAAGAUGACCAGUGAGAAUUUACUGCCUGAGCUGAGGAUUGUGCUCAUUGGGAAGGUCGGAGCUGGAAAGACGGCAGUCAUGAACAACAUCCUGAGGAUCUCAGCGGAGAGAGGAGAGGAUGAGGCAACUUCAGGCUCCCGCAUAUGUCCCAACUCUUAUACAGACAAGUGUCAGAAGGAACAAGUGAAGAUCGGAGGACGAAACGUGGUUGUUGUCGACACUCCAGGUCUGUGUCAGUCAGGAAAAGAAGACAAGCAGGUGAUGGAGGAGAUCAAGAAAUCUUUCUCGAAUGUUAAUCCUGGUCCUCAUGUGAUCCUGUUCGUGCAGAAGGUGAGCGCGUUUGGAAAAAGUGAUCUUGACAGAGUGGAGACUUUAAAGAACACUUUCGACGAUGAGGUUUUAAAUUACACCAUGGUGUUGUUCACCCUUAGAGAUGAAAUGGAAAAAGGAAGAAAUAUUGAGGAGUUAAUUGAAGAAAACCAGGAUCUCAAAGACUUUGUCUCUAACUGUGAGAACAGAUACCAUGCUAUUGACAACACAGUCCAGGAUCUGUCUCAGGUCAAGGAGCUUCUGGAGAAGAUCAACCAGAUGGUAAAGGAAAACAAAGGAACAUCUUACUCGGUAAAAGCAGCUCAUCUUAAAAGGAAACUCGCACUCACUGUAGGGGGGUCUGCAUUGGUUGGAGCUGGUUGUGGUGGAGGAGUUUCUCACUUUCUUGGGAGCGUGGUUGGAAGUACAGUAGGAAUUGUAGGAGGAGCUGUAGUUGGAGGUGCAGUGGGCGCUGCAGGGAUCGUCGCAUUGGAACACAUUAAGACUAAAACAAAAAAAUAAUGAAUACAAAUUUGAAUUUAAAAGUUUUCCUUAACAGAGACCAGGACUGUGUCGUAACAGCUCUUGAAAAUCCAUCACCAAGUUUGAACGUCAAGUCCCUCCUGAGUACUCAGUAACUACUAGCUGCUGAUUUAUUAAAUGAGGAUGCUCCAUUAAAAUAUAAUAAAUGUCUUAGCAAGUCAAGACUUCAGUAAGGUGCAGAUUGGUUGUUAGGAAAUGUCUGUUGUGCUGUCCAGUCAAAAUCAAUAAACUAUGUAAAUGAGCAUUACAAACUAGCAUGAGGUCCUAAAAUUACACUAAUUAGAGGUGUUAGUUUUAUUCUGUAUUAUGUUAUUCUUUUACUCUGUUAGUUUUAGUCUGCAUACUUACAGUACAUACAGCUCAUAAUGAGUGGAAAAUAUACAGUUAUGCUGACCUAACUACAAAGAGACACACAACAACCACUAAGAGAUGCAAUAUGACAAAUAACUAUAAAGAGACAUAAAACAAUUACAAACCCUGCACCUCCACAAGAACAAUGAGCUGCGGAGGGAGUCGGCUGAGGCUUCAUUUGAUCGAUUGUAAAUGUAAAAACAUUGUUUAUAGCAGCUUAAUGUCAUUUGUAUUUGUUCCAGCUUUUAAAAUGUGAGGAUUUGCUGUUUUAUCUCAUUGUAAAUGAAUUAUCUUUGGUUUCAACUCUGUCUCUAUACAGAUGAUACAAGUUUCUAUACAUCUAAACUUCAACAAACGUUUUAUUUCUGUCAUAACGAGGAAAUGUUAUUUGACAAGUCACAGAUGUGUUGAUACUGAACAUCUGUUCCACCUGAAUCUCUGAUCUCACAGUUAAAUCUCCAGCUGUAGUGACUCCAGCUUUAUUCAACUGUUCUAUGAUUCUGUUCAGACUCUCAGCUGCUGCUUCAGGUUCAGGAAAGAUCCUCGUUUAAAACACUAAAACUUCACAACCUGUUUAUUUACAUUCAACCUGAACCACCAACUUUCCCUGACCUGAACCACAGAGCUGCUGUUCUCUAAACCACAGAUGGGUCUCUGAUGUGAACUGGUCUCUGAUGUGAACUGGUCUCUGGAUGAACUGGUCUCUGGAUGUGAACUGGUCUCUGGAUGAACUGGUCUCUGGAUGUGAACUGGUCUCUGGAUGAACUGGUCUCUGGAUGUGAACUGGUCUGGAACUGGUUUACUUCUUAUAUCUUCAUGGUUACAUGGUUCAGUGAGUUGGACAGCUGAUGUUUCAGUGUAGUUUAAAGAUGUUUGUGUGCAGUGUGUUAACAGAUUUAUCACCUUCUGUUCAGCUGUAUCAUCGGAUCUGUUUGACAUGUUGAUGCUGACGAGCUCCAGAUGAAACACUGAGUUGUAUUUUGUCACUUCAUCAUGUCUGAUUUCAUAAUUACAUCUUUCAGCAACAAUAAAAACCACGAACCAGAACACCCUGCCUCAUCAUUCAGCCUCUACAUGACCACAAAGAGACAGAAGACGACCACAAAGAGACACAAAACACCUGCAGAGAGACGUUUCAUGACCACAAAAAGAUCCAAAACAACCAUAAAGAGACACAAAAUGACCAAAGAGACUGAACUUUGUCUCAUAAUCUGCUGCCAGUCGUUUGUAUUUAAGACAUUUUUAACCAUGUUGGAUAUUUGACAUUAGUGACUGAAGACAUUCAGAUAAAUAAACAGCUUUACCUGAAGUUAGCUUUGUCUUCUGUUAAAGGUCAGUGAUGUCACAGUCGUAAGGUUUGUGUCUGUGGGUGGAAACAGUAAAUAAAUGAUGAGGUGUUAUAAGAGAAACAGCUGCCCAGAUGAUAUAAAGCAGUUCAAAUGGUCUAGACCAGCUGUAACAUUAUAUUGAUACGUGCAUCAAUAUUUAGAAUACAGUAAUAUAACAUGAGAUUUAGAAAGAGCCCAUUCUGCAUAAUGAGAACUUUUACUUUUGUUCCAUAAAUAUAUUUUGAUAUAAAGCUGAUGCUUCUGUACUUUUACUUGUAGUAUUGUUCUGUGCUACUUUAGUAAAAAUCUGAGUUUGUUUUUCAGGGUAUUUUUGUUCAUUCUCAGAAAUAAAAACUGAAAUGACGUCGUAUUAUUUAAGAGGCUCAUGAGGAGUCAGCUGACCACUGAUCACUGUUGAAGUGAAAUUUCUUCAGUUGAAAAUUGUGAUCAAUAUAUCAGAUGCACUUAUGCAGCAGCUCAUCCAGCAGACGACAGUCACAGGAGCUGCUCAUGGAAACUGCUGUGACCCACUUUGUGUCUUUGACCCUGCCAGUGUUCAGAUAAGAGGAAACUAUACGGUUGAUGUUGGCAGUGAGGCGGUUAAUGGUGCAGUUCCUGGUCUUUUAUCUGUGUGCUGAUGUCCACGCUCGUAAACCUCACGGUCCUUGGCAGGAAUCAGUUAUUACACAGGGUGAGAGUGACUGACCUAUUUCUGCUGGCGGUGA